AUGGAGAUUCUGCGGGCCAGUUCCUUGAGGCAUUUUCACGAAAGGAUAACUUUCACCGAAAAGGAACAGAACUCCCACGUCCUAGCCUCAGGGCCAAAGGAUGCCUCGCCAGCAAAAUGGAUACCCUAUGCGAUGUAUGAAUUACUUGAGCAAACAAAGCUCCAGUUGACAGCAGGCAAGUCUGUGCUGGUCUGUAUUCCCAGAAUCAAAAAAGAUCUUUCGAUUGAUUUCAGACGACAAUUAUUCAUGGAGCUGUUCACCACUCUACAGCUUGACGUCGAAGCUUUGCGACCACUUUCGUCAAUUGAGACUACGUUCUGCAGAGUUUUUGGUGCUGGAUCUGGCAGUUUCUAUGUCAGAAUUGGAAACGACAUGCUAAUAUGGACUUUUGACGCUGCUUCGGGUACAACCAGGGGGCUACUGAUUCCUUGUGCACCGAGUUCCGUGCUUAAUUCUCGACUGGAAGACAAUUUCAAGCUGCUUAAGCAGCCCCUUGGGCUUCUGUGGCAGUGUUUCGUCAUAGGCAUCGAGUCCAUGAAAGACAACAACGACCGCUGUUGGCGUGUACUACAAACCGUUGAGGAGGGAACGGGGUAUGGUAAAAUCCAUCGGCCUCAACAUUCCAACGAUCCAGAUAUUUUUACAGAGUGGUCGAGGGAAGUAGCACGUGUUGCUGUUGAGUUGGCUGUCGUGAGGCGAGAUUACGAAGACAUGUGUGCAAUUUAUCAAGAGCUUGCAUGUUUGGACGAUUCCGGUCAACCGCUUUUCAGAGACCAGGAUGCGUUGCGAGUCGCCAGAGGACACCUUGAUCACGAAAUGGUGAAAGCAAAGUACCUGUAUGAUCGAAUGCAAAAUCAGAUGUCUGUGCUAUUCAACCUCAUUGCUCGUGCAGACACCUUUGUUACAAUUGAGUUGACAAAGACAAGCAAACAACUUACGGAGCAUAAUCUUGCAGUUGCAAGAGCGGCAAAAGAUGACAGCGGGGCGAUGAAAACUAUUUCUGUCAUGACCAUGCUUUUCUUGCCUGCGACCUUCUUCGCGGCUCUUUUCUCAAUGCCGACAUUACAAUGGGACCAAUCUGAGGUGAUGGGGAACAAAUUUUGGAUCUACUGGGCAUUCACGAUACCUGUCACGUUGUUGAUCUUCUUUAUUUGGACGGUGACGAAUUAUCAAGCCUCCAAGAACUUUUUGAUACCACCUGAGCAUUCUGUCAGUCGCAUCUACAAUACCGAGAGGUACGGCUUACGUCAACACAGAAGACGAUUUCAGUCGAAUGCCAAUGUUGAGUGCGGCUAG